AUGAUAACGGCAAAACUGUUGGGACGGCAAGCUAUUCGAGAAUUCGGCAGAAAGAUGAGCGACGCGAAAAUCUAUAGGAAACUGAUCAGAUUUGAUGCGGAGAACGGAAGGAACGUCGAGUUGGAGGCCGUUUUUGAGGUUGGUUUUUUUUUAAUCGAAACUUUUCUCUAAAUACCUUGUCUUUUUGGGAUUCGCUCUCUUCCGGCUCAUCAAUCGGUACGGUAGUGGGAUUCCAUGGCUCCCCGGGGUCCCACAACGACUUCAAAUACGUUCGGGACAAAUUGGAUCAGCUGAACAUCCGAUUCAUUGGCCUCAAUUACCCGGGUUUUACCUUGACUUCGAGUAAGUUUUCCGUACUUUUCUGUUAUCAAUAAGUUCCAAUUCAGGCUACGAAGGUCAAGAACACGGAAAUAUCGAACGUCAAAACUAUUCGAAUGCUCUGCUGAAUGAGCUCGGAAUCGAAGGGAAAGUAGUGUACAUGGGACACAGCAGAGGUUGUGAGAACGCAAUGCAAACGGCCGUAGAGAGAAAUGCUCGGGGACUGGUGCUCAUUAAUCCGACCGGACUCCGGAUUCACAAGGGAGUCAGUCCGAUGUUCCGGCUGGAGGCGAUCAAUUCGAUUUACCGAGUGCUUCCGAGCUUUCUGGGAAUGCGAUGAUGUUGGGAAGUGAGCUCGGACCGUCGGAGCUUAAGUUUCAUUUCUAUUUUUCAGUCUACAAAGCAAUCGGCUUCAAGAUACAAACGGGCGAAGAGGCGAUCAAUGCGCUGAGGUCGAUGAUCAGAGUUUCGCUGGGCGGACAACUCGAGUUCAUUGAGAAGACGAACGAGAUGAAAGAGCUGAAGAAACUGAUCGUCUUCUCGGGGAACGAUCAUCUCGUCGAGCAGGAAAUCAUCUUCGAGUCUCUGGAGAAACACGAAGGACUACAACACUUUGUAAGUCCUUUGCGAUCAGAUCAAAUGGAGUGAACUAUUUUCAGAAUUUUGACGAUGUCAUUUCCGACGAGGACAAACAAAAAGUGCUGGAUUCAUACUCGAACGACUGGGGAGCAUCUGUAUUCGUCGCCAAGGACACGCACUUCCAGAACAAGUCGAGAGCCGAUCUGAUUGCCGAUGCGUGCCAAACCAUUCUUCAGGCGCCGGCCGCCAAGAACAAACUUUGA